AUCAUUUUUUUAAUUAAUAUUUUUUUUAUUUAUUUUACAAUGCUGUGUUUGAAAUUAAGUGCCUAAAUCCUGUUAAGAUUAGUUUAAUAGAAAUAUUAUUAUUAUAAUAAAUGCUUUCGAGAUGUCGAAGAACAAGAUAGCGGCACGAAUUGAUAGUCAAAGUGUUGAAGUCAAAACUAAGUUUGAUGCGGAAUUCCGUCGGUUUUCUCUGAGUCGCACAGAAAAGUUAAAGUAUGAAGACUUCAAAGGUCUAAUUGAAAAAUUGCACAGGCUGCAUGAUGUGGCCUUCCUGAUCUCAUACACUGACCCAAGGGAUGGAGACCUCCUACCCAUUAACAAUGAUGAUAAUUUGGCGCGAGCGCUGCUCACAGCCCGUCCUUUGCUCAGAGUCAUCAUUCAAAGGAAAGGUGACAGCCUCGAAGAACUCAAUGGGUACGGCACGAUGCGUCGACGCAACAUCAUCUCCUCGAUACUAAGUGGCACGCCGGCUAAAAACAAAGGACUCGCGAUCUCCAAUCCUCACGACUUCAGAAUGGUAUCAGCGAUCAUCGACGUGGACAUUGUACCGGAGACUUGCAGGAGGGUGAAAUUACUGAAACAUGGCUCCGACAGACCGCUUGGUUUCUUCAUUAGGGACGGUACAUCAGUUCGGGUCACUCCUAAUGGUGUGGAAAGAUCGCCCGGUAUCUUCAUAUCUCGUUUGGUGCCGGGUGGAUUAGCAGAAUCCACAGGCUUGCUGGGCGUCAACGAUGAGGUGCUGGAAGUAAAUGGAAUCGAUGUGUCCAACAAGACGCUCGAUCAGGUGACUGACAUGAUGGUAGCCAACUCUUCGAACCUGAUCAUCACCGUGAGGCCGGCCAAUCAGCGCACGCAAGCGCCGGAUACGACGUCAAGGCAUUCGCAACCAAACAGCGAGCCCGACGAAGAUAGAUUCGACCAAGACGAGCAGGACGAAAUAGUAGACCUCACAGCUGUCACUUUGGAAGACCAACCCGAACCUUCUGGAACAUUUCCUCACAGCAUUCCGACAAAGGACGACGGGCAAGUACUACAUCUCUAGUACAUAAUCGAAAACUUUAGGCGCGCGCGACGCAAACUGAAACCAAACUUCGAGGUAAAGUGAUUGGUUCCAAAAUCCAAUGAACAUUCCACUAGUGUUACGGUGCAUAGACUUUCAAGUUUCAAUCUUAAAUGAGAGACAAUAAGUACGAUAUUACACUGGGCUCGAAUUCCGGCCUCAAACAUUCCACUGUAUGCCUUAUUUCAUCAAUUACGUGUCAAAGUAGUGAAAUAUUUAUGUAAAUAUACAUUAGAGGCAAUCUUUCUCAUGUAACCUUCUAUUUUAAGCGAGUUAUAUACAUUCAACCAAUAUAUGAAUUAUUACGUGCAAAAUAAGUAAAAAAUAUGCAUUAAGUAUCUAGUUUGUUUAUUCGUAACUCUUUAGUUUUAUUUAAAUAUCACAAUUUAUAAUACCCUAACUAUUAUUUAAACACGGCGACUUACAUAGACAUGAAAUUAACACCAAAUAAUGUUGCCUGUUAAUAAAUUCGAUUUAAUACAAUGUUGCCACAUCAAAAACGAAAGAGUUUUAGUAAUUUAAACAUAAAUAUUGUAAUACAGUAUUCAUGUUAAUUUUAUAUUACGGACAAUAAUGUUGAAAUUUUUUAUCGUUAUUUGUUUCUCAUUCUAUAUAUAUAAAAGUCAUUCCGUCUCAGUAUUUAGGAGUUUCUAGAUUAAUACAUAAUGUUAUCCUUAUUAUGUUAAAACGAUUUUAAGAUGAACUAUGUUCUGAAAAAAAUGCUAUGACUUUGUUAUUUGAUAUUAUGAUGUAUUGUCUUUCUUUUUCUGGAAUACAAUAUGAUGAUUUACUUUGACAGU